AUGGAUUUCACAACACCAUCCCCGGCUCGCGAGCGAGUGCUGGAUACAAUCACCGCUUUAGGUUCCUUGACGAUGUCAAGCUUUCGUUCAGGAAGCACAAAGGUGGGGGGCUCCGAAGCGGAUGAUUCUGAGGCGGAAGACGAGGAAAUGGAAAGCUCCGAAAUGGACGAAGACGACAGUCCAUGUCGACCCUCAAUUGAGAAUGACACCAUCGUGGUCACACGAGACUUCCCGCCCCCAAACCUAGCCUGGGCUCGCAAGGUGGCUAUUACAUCACGACAAAAGUCCUUCACAGAGGACAGCGAUGUGGGCUUCUCUGGUGCGGGGAUGGACUACGGUGACCUAGAAGACCGAUCAGACGGCGGCGACAGCAAUAGCAGCGACUGGGAAGGCUAUGGGCCCCUUGGCCAUACCGCAGCCGAUUACAACACGGCCGUGUCACGCAUUGAUGGAAGCAACGAAUGGAAUGAGGACCAAAAGAAGCUACACAAACUGAUAUAUAUGCGUGGCCUUCAUCCCAUGAUGCCGUCGUGGUGGAGAAUGAGCUUCAAGAUGUGGGGGGUCACGCAGCCGCACCUUGACGACGUUUUUGCGCCAAAUUAUAGUAGGAAGCGGGUUGCAAUCCACGCCCACGGCAACGAAAUGGCAGCCACAAAGGCUGUGGAGUCUCUAUUCUACCUCUCCCAGAUAGUUACGGACUUCGAAGAGUUAGGUUCUGAGGAAAAGAUCGCUGGCGCUGUCGUGAAGGGUGUCCGGGGCUACAUCAAAUGGGCCAUGAGGGAUCUCGGCGUGGACCAGCGCAAGUCACAGCUCAACAUGUUAGUCCGGGCAUAUCCCCCUGAAUUUCGGGGCGACGAUGAUUCGGAGGAGGACAUGAGGUACGAUCUGGAUUCCGACGAAACCGACCAACGGCGUGCCUUGCGAUUCACCCGCGCUGUCUCUCGGGAUCUCGAAAAGAGGCUGAGGAGCUUGGGUCAGGAAUGGCGCAGUUUGUUGCGAAAAAAAAAGGGAACCAGCCACGUUCCCCAACCCCCCACCCUCUACGCCUUCGCAGUCAUCCAACAUGUCGUGAUGGUGGUAAGCCAUGACCCAGCCUCGGCCAACAACUCGGUGGUGGUCUUAGACCAGGUCCAACUGAAUGAACGCGGACAAUGGCUUUGGAAUGCCUUGUCCAUCGCUCUUCCCAUCAACCUGGCGAGGGACGCGCUGGACAAAUUGUGGGGGACUGGUGCUCUGGUACGUUAUGAGGAGGAUCAUGAGGAUGAUCCCGAUUUAUAG